AUCACAAUAUAAUGUUGGACCAAAACUCAUCCAAUAGGACCGAGACUCCAAGAGUAUCCUCAACUCAAUCUCAAUCAUAUCCCUUUGGAUGUUGGAGAAGAGAAGUUGUACAGUAAGCUUAGAACUUAAUCAUAGGAUAGGAGAAUCUAAUCAACAAGGAUAGAAAAUCAACCCAACCCAACCAAAGCUAUAGUUGGGCCACGUCAUCACAGAUAACACAAAAGUGAUUGCUAUGGCCACUGCUGCAUUUGCAUCAUCUCCGCAGAUUGCAACCUUCCUUUCAAAAUCUUCUUCUUCUUUCCAUUUCCACACACCCUUUUGCCCUCUUAGUCUUCCAACUACUCCAUCUUUCUCUCCCAUUAUCACCACAUCUACAAAAUCAUUACUUUUUCAAAGAAAAUCCAAACUACUAUGGCCAAAUCCUGUUGCUGCUGCUGCUGCUGCUGCAGCUGUUGAAGAUGCUGCUGUUGAUGCUACGGACCAAUUGGUCUCAACCACCUCAGAUGAUGGAGUGUCUGUAGUUGUAUCAGUUCUUUUCUUCGUUGCUUUUGUUGGCUUAUCCGUUAUCACUGUUGGGGUUAUCUAUUUAGCAGUAACAGAUUUCUUGACAAAGAGAGAGAAGGAAAAAUUUGAGAAAGAAGAAGCAGCUAAGAACAAAAACAAGAAGAAGACGACGAAGAAAGAGAAGAAUAAAUUGAAAUUUGUAAGGGCAGGACGGAAAGCAGCUGAUCGAAAGAAUAUUCAAGAUAGAGAUGAUGAUUGAUUAGGUCUUCCUAUGCAUUCUUCCAUUGAAAAGAGAUUUAUUUUCCCCUAUGGUUUAGCAAAUUUUGUAAUCAUCAGAAAUGUUUGAACAAAGGGAAGCUAGGGAAUUGGUGUGGAUGAAUACAUACAAGAAAUUUUCUGGAUUUUUUCAUUAAUAUUUGAAUUUUAUUUGAUGAAUAAUGAUUCAUGCAUGAAAGAUAUGAAUUCAA